AUGAACCAAAAGAAAACAGAAGAGGAGUAUGGAUACGACCUGUUCCCGGAGAGAAAUGAGGGGAAACAGAACACCACGUCCUUCAAAGAGAGCAUACAAACAUUUAACCACAAGUGUAAAUUCAUGUUACAGGUCGCAAUGGAAACAAGUCCUUACGCCAAACUCCUCCUCACGGCCAUGAAGAGCUCCGGCUGUAAAGUGUUGAAAGAGCGCCAUUUCUCCUGCGAGGACUGUGACGGUACGGUCAGUGGCGGCUUCGACGCGGCGUCCUCUCAGAUCGUGUUGUGUCAGAACAACAUCCAUCAGCAGUCCCACAUGAACCGAGUGGUGGCACACGAGCUCAUUCACGCCUUCGACCACUGCCGGGCGCACGUGGACUGGUUCAACAACUUCAGACAUCUGGCUUGUUCAGAGAUCCGAGCAGCUAACCUCAGCGGAGACUGCUCCUUUGUUAGUGAAGUUUCCAGGUUUAACUUUGGGCUAAAGAAGCAUCAACAGGAGUGCGUUCGGGGUCGCGCUCUGCGCUCCAUCCUGGCUGUGAGGAAGAUCACCCGGGAAGAGGCGGAGAGAAUGGUGGAUUCGGUCUUCGACUCGUGUUUUAAUGACCACGCCCCCUUCGGACGGAUCCCACACGGCAAGAAGGACGCCAAGUUUGCUCACAGAGACUACACAAACAGGGAUCACUAUUACAAAAAUCUGUAGUGUCUGCAGCAGCAGAGGCUGCAGUGUGGAUCCAGCGCAGCAGACCAGAGAGUGACUGUUAAAUCUGUCGUUUCCCUUCAGAAGGGGCGGCGGGAAAAGGAUUUGUCCUGGAGACAGUAAAGACAAGCAGAACAUUUCAUCUUCUGUCCCUUCGUUGGCUGACUGCUGAUGAAGGGUAGUUCGGAUGGUGUCGCCCUUGAAGUGAAUCAAUAAAUGAGGCGUAAUUAUUGUAGGUGAUGUAAUAAAAAGGUGCUUUUGAUUUGUUUGUUUCUCAUAUUUUAAGUCCAGCUGUGACACACAUAGAUGUUUAUGUUUUGGUUCUUCUGAUCACUGAAGGACCUCCACGUGAUUCAUGUAUCUUGCACUAUUUGUGCUGAUGUCAGACUAAGCUUUGAGAUGAUCUGAUUAAAGUUUAAUUUUAAGUUA